AUGCCACAACGCCGGCGAACCCCGACAGAUGCUCUCGAUGCUGCAAACCGGAAGACUGACGAGCAGUUUGUCGAGGAGUACUUGAGAUCGACUGACCCGGACACGCUCUGGGUGACGACAUGGACACACCCCCGGUCAAACCAGACAUUCACGCUCCAAUUGCUGAGGUCGGAGAAUCUCAGUGACGGAGAACUGCAGGCCUGCUUCGACCUCAUUGCGGAGACAAGCGAGGCGGACUACAGGACCUCGAGCGUCAAGUGGCGGCCAGACAAGAAGCUCAAGGAGAUGAAGUCAGCCGAGCUCCGGUACAUCCUGGUCCGGGACGGGGAGGGGGCCAUCGGCGGAUUUACCUCGCUGAUGCCGACGUACGAGGAGGGCCAGCCGGUGGUGUACUGCUACGAGAUCCAUCUCAAGCCCGAGAUGCGGGGUACCGGCCUCGGCGAGCUGCUCAUGGGCUUUCAUUCAACGGUUGCCAAGAACCUACCGCCCAUCACCAAGGUCAUGCUGACCUGCUUUCUGGCGAAUGAGCGCGGGUUGGACUUCUACAGGAAGCUGGGGUUCGAGACGGACGAGAUCUCGCCAAGGACGAGGAGGCUGCGUACCGGGGAGAUCCAGCCCGACUACGUCAUUCUGAGCAAGCCCGUCAGGAAUGUUUGA